AGACCGCCCGCGCCCGAGCAGGGACUACAUUUCCCGAGGGGCCUCGGCGGCGGCGGCGGCGGGCGCGGCAACGUCCCCCGGAAGUGGAGUCCAGGACUUCCACUCGUGCGUGAGGCGAGCGGAGCCGGAGACGAGACCAGAGGCCGAACUCCGGAUCUGACAAGAUGGCCGGGCUGCCCCGCAGGAUUAUCAAGGAAACCCAGCGUUUGCUGGCAGAACCAGUUCCCGGCAUUAAAGCAGAACCAGAUGAGAGCAACGCCCGUUAUUUUCAUGUGGUCAUUGCUGGCCCCCAGGAUUCCCCCUUUGAGGGAGGGACUUUUAAACUUGAACUAUUCCUUCCAGAAGAAUACCCGAUGGCAGCCCCUAAAGUACGUUUCAUGACCAAAAUUUAUCAUCCUAAUGUAGACAAGUUGGGAAGAAUAUGUUUAGAUAUUUUGAAAGAUAAGUGGUCCCCAGCACUGCAGAUCCGCACGGUUCUGCUAUCGAUCCAGGCUUUGUUAAGUGCUCCCAAUCCAGAUGACCCGUUAGCAAAUGAUGUAGCGGAGCAGUGGAAGACCAAUGAAGCCCAAGCCAUAGAAACAGCUAGAGCAUGGACUAGGCUAUAUGCCAUGAAUAAUAUUUAAAUCGAUCUGAUCAUCAAGUGUGCAUCACUUCUCCUGUUCUGCCAAGACUUCUUCCUUUUUUGUUUGCAUUUAAUGGACACAGUCUUAGAAACAUUACAGAAUAAAAGCCCAGACAUCUUCAGUCCUUUGGUGAUUAAAUGCACAUUAGCAAAUCUAUGUCUUGUCCUGAUUCACUGUUGCAAAGCAUGAGCAGAGGCUAGAAGUAUCAUCUGGAUUGUUGCGAAACGUUUAAAAGCAGUGGCCCAUCUCUGCUUUUAUUCAUUUUCCCCAUGAUGGUUUAAGUAUAAAGCACUGUGAAUGACGUAGUUGUCAGGGUUAGCUGCAGGGGUGUGGGUGGUUUUCUUUAUUUUAUUAUUAUUUUUUUUGAGGGGGGGAGGUAGUUUUAUUUUAAUUUAAUGGGCUCCUUUCCCCCUUUUUAUGGUGAUCUAAUUGCAUUGGUUAAAAGCAGCUAACCAGUUCUUUAGAGUAUGCUCUCUAGCCAAGUCUAACUUUAUUUAGACGCUGUAGAUGGACAAGCUUGAUUGUUUGAACCAAAAUGGGAACAUUAAACAAACAUCACAGCCCUCACUAAUAAUAUUGUGACUUUGCUGUCAAGUGUAGAAUCCUCCCUUCAAGAAAAAGCUUGUGACCAUUUUGUAUGGCUUGUCUGGAAACUUCUGUAAAUCUUAUGUUUUAGUAAAAUAUUUUUUGUUAUUCUA